AUGUUGCUAAUCCGCUUCGAGAGCCUCAUUCAUGAGUUUGAUCCGUGGUUUAAUUACAGAUCCACCCAUCAUCUGACCACCAACGGUUUCUACGAGUUCCUCAACUGGUUCGAUGAGAGAGCCUGGUAUCCUCUGGGUCGAAUCGUUGGAGGAACGGUCUAUCCUGGUCUGAUGGUGACUGCAGGUCUGAUUCACUACAUCUUGAACCUUGUCCAUCUGACCGUCCACAUCCGGGACGUCUGCGUGUUCCUGGCGCCCGUCUUCAGCGCUCUGACGGCCGUCGCCACCUUCCUGCUGACGCGGGAGCUGUGGAGUCAGGGGGCGGGGCUUCUGUCCGCCUGCUUCAUGGCCGUCGUGCCCGGAUACAUCUCACGCUCAGUGGCCGGAUCCUUCGAUAACGAGGCCGUCGCCAUAUUCGCCCUGCAGUUCACCUACUUCCUGUGGGUGAAGUCGAUCAAAACUGGAUCAGUGUUCUGGACUGUCGGAUGUUGCCUCUCGUAUUUCUAUAUGGUGUCGGCGUGGGGCGGUUACGUCUUCAUCAUUAAUCUGAUUCCUCUUCAUGUGUUCGUUCUGCUGUUGAUGCGCCGCUUCAGUAAGAGAGUUUACAUCGCGUACAGCACGUUCUACAUCAUUGGUCUGAUUCUGUCUAUGCAGAUUCCUUUCGUUGGGUUUCAGCCAAUCAGAACCAGCGAACACAUGGCAGCGGCUGGUGUGUUCAUGCUCGUGCAGCUCUACUCUUUCCUGCAGUUCCUGCGAGACAGACUGACGCGGCAGGACAAACAGACUCUGUUUUCUGUCUGCGUUUGUGUCGCUGCGCUGCUGCUGUUUGUGUGUGUCGUGUACCUCAGCUGCAUCGGUUGGAUCGCUCCGUGGAGCGGACGCUUUUAUUCACUCUGGGACACGGGCUAUGCUAAGAUUCAUAUUCCGAUCAUCGCGUCCGUAUCAGAGCAUCAGCCGACUACCUGGGUUUCCUUCUUCUUUGAUCUUCACAUCCUGGUCUGCACCUUCCCAGCAGGCCUGUGGUUCUGCAUCAGAAACAUCAACGCCGAGCGCAUGUUCGUGGUUCUGUAUGGCAUCAGCGCGGUGUAUUUCGCCGGUGUGAUGGUGCGGCUCAUGCUGACUCUGACGCCUGUGGUGUGCGUUCUGUCGGCCGUGUGUUUCUCCAGCGUGUUUGAACGCUAUCUGAGCGACGAGCUCAAGCAGGACGAUCCUCCGGCUGAAGACGCCGCUGACGAGGAUGACAGGAGGAACUCUGGGAGUCUCUAUGAUAAGGUUGGUAAACUGCGCAAGCAUCACGUAUGUGACGAGGGUUUGGGCUCAAACAUCAGGAGUCUGGUGAUCGUCCUCCUGCUGCUGCUGCUGCUGAUGUUCACUGUUCACUGCACGUGGGUCACCAGUAAUGCUUAUUCCAGUCCCAGUGUCGUGCUGGCGUCAUACAACCACGACGGCUCGCGCCGCAUCCUGGAUGAUUUCAGAGAGGCAUACUAUUGGCUGCGGCUCAACACCGACCAACACGCGCGCGUUAUGAGCUGGUGGGAUUAUGGGUAUCAGAUUGCAGGCAUGGCCAACAGAACCACGCUAGUGGACAACAACACCUGGAACAACAGCCACAUCGCACUGGUAGGCAAAGCCAUGGCGUCCAAUGAGAGUGUGGCGUAUGACAUCAUGAGGCUGCUGGACGUGGACUAUGUGCUGAUCAUCUUCGGCGGGGUGAUCGGAUACUCGGGCGACGACAUCAACAAGUUCCUGUGGAUGGUGAGGAUCGCCGAGGGAGAACAUCCCAGAGACGUGCGGGAGAGCGAUUUCUUCACGCCGCUGGGAGAGUUCAGGGUGGAUAAAGCCGCGUCUCCAGCGCUGCUCAACUCUCUGAUGUAUAAGAUGUCCUACCAUCGCUUUGGAGAAAUGCAGCUGGACUUCAGAACUCCUCCAGGAUUCGACCGAACGCGAAACGCCGAGAUCGGAAACAAGGACGUGAGGCUGAGGCACCUGGAGGAAGCGUUUACCUCCGAGCACUGGCUCGUCCGGAUCUAUAAAGUCAAAGAUCUGGACAACCGGCAGCCGCUGGAGCGCAAACCUCGAGUCACCAGCACCGAUCUCAAUCACACACACAAACACACACACUAUCACUCCUCCAGGAAGGGCACCAGGAGGAAACGAGGAUUCAUUAAAAACAAACUUGUUCUGAAGAAAGGCAGAAGAUUGAACCGGAAACUGAAGCGAACUGGACUAGACUGAACAGAACCGGAUCAGUGAAGAUGAAGACUGACUGUUUGAUUUCAGCUGGUGCUCUGAAGCUCUAACGCUGAAAUGAGGCUGUGAAUUGCAGAUGCUUGACAGCGAACAUAUACUGAACAGAAACUGUAAGGAUUUUUUUCAUGUGCAUAUCCUCUUGUAAAACGUCAUUUUCCUGUUCUGAUAUAUGUUUUUCUUUUGCACAAUAAAUAAAGACCACAAUAAAAAUGA